AUGAAUGGAGGUCAUCGUCUUAAGUUUUAGAUAUCCUUUAGUGUUGAUGAAGUAAAACCAGAGAUUAUUACUCUUAAUCAAUUUGAUGAUGCUCUAAAAUUUGAGGAUAGAUAUGAAGCAUUAUAAACUUUAGGUAUAAACUUAUAAUAAUUUUGAAUAGGUUAAGGUGCUCAUGCUGUAGUGAAGGUAGCUAGAAAGAAAGAUACAGACGAGAUAUUUGCAGUGAAAAUAGUGAGAUCUGGAGAUUAAGAAAUAUAAAACAACGUUAAGAGAACUUUUAAUAACACUAGAUGUUUAAGACAUCCAAAUAUUGCAUAGGAUAUUGAAUUAUUUAUAAAUGAAAAGAUGGAAACUUCAUAUUUAAUAAUGGAGUAUUGUGCAUUUGAUUCAUUAGAAUCAAUUAUUAAGAAACGAAAAUUGACAAUUAUGGAACUUAGAAUAGUGAUGAAAUAAUUACUUUUAGCAAUUCAACAUGCUCAUUAGAAAGGUAUCUGUCAUAGGGAUUUAAAACCUGAUAAUGUUCUAGUUGAUUUGAGUGAGAAUAUGGAUUAAUCUGAAGUACGAGUAAAAGUAGUAGAUUUUGGAGUAUCAAGAAGAUUUUAAUCAAAAGGAUAAGAGAUUGAAAUGUUGACAAAAACAGGUAAUAUAUUUUAUUGUGCUCCUGAAAUUUAUCAUAAAUCCUGUUAUUCUAAAGAAGUGGAUAUAUGGGCAAUAGGAGUAAUAGCAUAUUAAUGUUUAUUUUAAAAACUUCCAUUACAUUCUGAUGAAUAUUAAGAUUUUGUUGAGUUAUUAAGAUGUCCAGAUAAAUGGAAAUUUAAAGAACAUUUAAAAGAAUUAGAAAUUCCUCUAUAAAAUUUAAUUAUUGGAAUGUUGGAGUAUGAUAGUUAAAAGAGAAUUACUAUAGAUGAUGCAUUAAGGAAUUCUUUUUUUGAAUAACAACAAAGAGAAAGUACUCCUUUGAUAAUUAGUACUAAUUUGGAGAAUCUAAUUUAUAAUAAUAAUAAACAUAUGAAAUAAUUAUAAACAAGUUUAGCUAUUAAUAACAAUUAUUUUGGUAAUCACAAUUAUAAUUUGGGCAAUAUGAUUCAAAAACUUUAAGGACAAAAUAAUUAAGAAAGAGUAGAUGUAGAAGAUUUGACAAAAAACUUUGGAAAUAUUCAUAUAUUAUAGAAAUAGAAUGAAAAAAGAGGACCAAUAUAAUUAAUGAAUUCUAUUGGUAGUAGUAAUGUUUUAAUGAGUAAAUUUGGAAGUAGAUAAGAAAUAUCAUAUUAAACUCAAUCUGAUGCAUUAAGUAUAAUAAUUAAUUAUAUUCUUAGGGAAAAUAUGUGAUAUCAAAGGUUCUGCAGAUCCUUUUGGUGAUUUUGCUAUUUAAUAAAGUUAAGAAUUAAAAGAAUAAUAAGAAUCUAAUUCUCAAUAGAAUAAUAAUACUUAGAAGUUAUUUCAAUAAUUAGGAUCUUAAAUUGAAUCUAGUAUAAAUCUCACUGCUGAAGAUCAUACUAAAGUAAUCAAUCAAUUAGACAGUUUGGGAGUUCCAAAAAGGAGUUCUGUACUUGCUUAAUUCCUUGGUGAUUUGGGAAUAAAAGAAGUUGAUGAGAUAACUGAAGACUUUUGAA